AUGCUCAUCGAAGGUCUGCUGUGCAUCGUGAGCCUCUCCCCGGUGCGCGGCCCCGGCCCGCGCGCGACGCGACUGGGUGCCAUCGCUGACACGCUCGGACGACGUGCGCGCAUCGCUGUAUUGAUUGCGCGAGACCACGAGGACGCGGCCCUGUCGAUCAAAACGCUGGCCGCACGAAACGCGACGGGCUCGAUCCAAGCGUGGGAACUACCAAUCGAAGACCACACACCUAGAUUUAAUCAAUUUCGCGCGCACGUGUACGCGCUGCGCCAGGCGCUGGAGGGACGGCACAGUUGGUACUUCUGGAUGAACGACCACACGUUUCUUGUCGCCGAGAACCUGGCCUGCUAUUUGAGCGGUCUCUCGCGGACGGAGCCCGUGUACGCGGGCCUACGCCUCUGGGGCCCUUGCUGUGGGCUGUUCAACUCGGCAGCCGCGGGCUACGCGGUGAACCGGGCGGCCGUCGAGUUGUUUGUGAAAAGGUGGCGCGAGAUUGACGCCGGCGAGACAGACGAGAAGUGCGACCCUAGUUCGAAAAAGGCGCAGAUCGCGUUGUGUCUGAAGCGCUUUGACGUGGUCGCGAUAGAUACGCGCGAGGCGUCGGGCGCCGAACGCUUCCACGUCUAUGGCCCGGUCCGCCUCGCCACCGGCGCCAUCGACGACUGGCUCGUGAACAAAAAGAAAAAUAUUGACCCCCCGGAGCCGUUCGCCGCCGACGCGUCCGCGGUGUCGUCCGAUGUUAUAUCGUUUCACUACGUCGCCGAGAAGGAACACCGGCUCCUCGACCGAAUUAUCAGAGGCGACGCCUCGAUCGACGCCGCGACGCUCGCUCCGAUAUGGCCGCGCGGCCGCGAGGAACUGGGCGGCUAUUCGCAUCCCUUCCCUGGCCGCAACGGCCGUGCCGCGGCGGAAGUUGUCACACUGCUCCGGCGGCUCCGCGUCUGCGAUGCGCGGUCCGUUAUCCGGUAG